AUGUCCAUCCCACUGAAGACCCGCAUUGAAUCACUCCCACAAGAGCUCUACGACGAAAUCCGCGCCCUCGUCUUCACGCCCCUCGAACCAGAAGAAGUCAUCCACAUCACACCAUCUUUCAAGCCCCCAGCAGUCACACUAGUCAACCGACACCUGCGCGACACCAACCUCCCAAUCUUCAACACCUGGAUCUUCAUCGGCAACGACAUCGAUCUCCCGCGCUGGCUUACCUCGAGGGAGGAAGAUCGGGAAGUCUGCUAUGAUGUCCGCUGCUGGACUUUCCGGAGACCGAAGCCUGCAGCUCUAACGAGCUUGAGCGCGACGGCUUAUACGACUCAAAGAGUGCGAGUGUUUUUUUGGGGUAUGUUUGUUCCACACGGACAAGGCUUUGAGGAUUGUUGCGUUCAUUUACUGACUUGUCAUGUUCUUUUCAAGGCUGUUGCUGGUAAGGGAGCGAGGGACUCAUGGCUGGUGGAGAGAGAGACCAAUAGGGUGGCGAACAUGGCGAAUGGCGAUGUGAAAAUCAGAAUGUCAACGGGAUUGCGAUACAAUUAUCUGACUUGA